CUGGUAUACUGGUGCUAUCACAGUACAGAAAUAUGGGCAAGAUGUUUUCUUGAAUGGUCUAGAUCCAUUCUGAGUUACCUCAUCAGUCUAUGCUGAGUAGAGUGGCCAACAUUCAACCGAAACGCCUCCUCAUACCAUCUCGCUGCACCUCAACAUACAUCACCUAACAAGCGUACUGGGACAAUGGCCAAUGAUACAACAGGUGCAGUAGGACCGCCACUGCCCAAACCCGCCGUUACCAACAUUAUCUCCGAGGACACUGGAGAAGAAGAGAGCUGGAAGCACCGCCCACCAUAUCGGAUUCAAUCUCUCGAGGAGUUUGGGCCCGUCAAAUGGAAAGGAACAUGCAAAUGCGGGCAGAUAGCAUACUACUUGAACAGAGACAAGCCACUCAAGGCCAAGUUUUGUCACUGUCGAGGAUGUCAAGUCAUGCACGGAGCUCCCUUUCAAUGGGCCGCAAUUUUUCAUAAGGCUGAUAUGUUCUUUGCCAAAGGGGCUUCCGGUCUCUCAUUCUAUUCAUCUGCUCACCAGACCAGAGAAUAUGAGACGCCAACAAAAGUAUAUUGCUCUUUCUGCCACAGCCCGAUUAUGGAUGAAGGUCGCAAUGUAUGCUUGAUUUUCCCAGAAUUAAUUGACUUUGGAGAGGAUAAGCUGCUGCACACGAUGAAGACAUUUUACCCAAGCUGUCAUAUCUUCUAUAGCGAACGUUGUCUGGAAAUCAUGGACGGGGUUGAGAAAUGGUCAGGCAUGGACGAAGACAGCGAAUUGAUGGAUGAUCGGGGCAAUGUGAAGAAGAAUUCCUAGCCAUUGGAGUAUUGCUGCUGAAUAUUAUGAGAUUUGUAUAUCAUACCACUGAAGAGAGACAGAACCAU